AUGGUGCUUUCUCUGGCAAUGGAAGCUUCUUUGGUAAUGGAGGAUGAGAAACAGGAACCGGAUGUGGGUAAAGCUGGCAAUUGGCUUCGUGAUGGGCAGGCUCAUUUUGCUCAAGCCUCUUCUACAGGAAUCCAUGAUCUCAACUGGAUCAAGCAGAAGACUGACGACACAACUGACCGGUACAAAGCCCGUCUUGUCGCCAAGGGCUUCAAUCAGCGGGAAUGCAUCGACUAUGAGGAGAUGUUCAACCCUGUUAUUAAGUCGCUGGAUGUGAAUAAUGCAUUUCUUUAUGGUCAUCUAAGUGAGGAAGUUUAUAUGAGUCAGCCUCCUGGAUUUAGCGAUCCACUACAUCCAGACUUCGUCUACCGGUUGAGACAUUCUCUCUACGAUCUCAAACAAGCUCCACGUGCCUGGACUUACACUACUCUAAUUCUUGUGUAUGCGGACGACAUUAUUCUCAUUGAUACUCCGGGAGCUCCUUUUGACUCACUGAUUGCUGCACUUCAUCAGGAAUUUGAGAUGAAGAACUUAGGGCCGCUCAACUAUUUUCUCAGUGAAAUUAUCUUUGAUCCAGAGAUCGAGAAGACCGCAAGGGCGAAUCGAAGAGCCAAAAGGCUAGCCGACGGGCUCGUGGAGCCAACCUCUUCUUUCGACGACAGUGAGAGUGAAGAAGAACAAGAAUUGACUGCAACCACAAUGGCUAGAGAACGAACAUGGAGGGAGCUAGCAGCUCCUGACUUGAACCAACAACCAUUGUGUAUUACAUACCCAGAAACAGAGGCCGCCUUCGAGCUGAAAUCAGGGCUGAUACACCUUCUACCUACCUUCCACGGACUUUCAGGAGAGGACCCACAUAGGCAUCUCAAGGAGUUCCACACCGUGUGCUCCACGAUGAAACCCCGAGGGGUGACAGAGGAGCAGAUUAAGAUGAGAGCUUUUCCUUUUUCCUUAGCUGACAAGGCCAAGGAUUGGCUCUAUUACUUACCGCCGGGGUCCAUCGCUACAUGGAACGAUCUGAAGAGACAAUUUAUCGAAAAAUUCUUCCCAGCUUCGAGGCUAGGCACCAUCAGAAAGCAAAUCGGUGCCAUUCAACAAUUCUCGGGCGAGACGCUAUAUGAAUAUUGGGAGCGGUUUAAUCAACUCUGCGAGAGCUGCCCCAAUCAUCAGAUCUCAGACCAGCUCCUGCUCCAGUAUUUCUAUGAGGGUUUGCUCCCUAUGGAUAGAACCUUAUUAGAGGCAGCAAGUGGAGGAGCAUUAGAGGAUAAAACGUUACGUGAAGCUCGAGAUUUGAUCUCUAGAAUGGCAGCUCAUUCUCAAAAAUUUGGAGGUAGACAAGAUUCAGUUCCCAGUAGAGUGAACGAGGUGGGAAGCUUGAGCCUAGAGGGCCAGAUAUCAGAAUUAACAACUUUGAUGAAGCAAGUGGUAUUGGGCCAAGUACAAAACACCAAGAAAUGCGGCAUAUGCUUCCUCCAAGGCCACGCCACCGACGCUUGCCCACAGCUACAAGAUGAACCUGAUCCGCAAGCAAAUGCCAUUAGCGGGUUCUCAAAUCAGCAAAGGCGGUACGAUCCAUACUCCAAUCAGUACAAUUCGGGAUGGAGAGAUCACCCCAAUUUGAGAUAUGGACAGCAGAAUCAGCAGACACCACCACAAGCUUUCAGAUAUAAGAAACCCGAUCCUCCACAUAACCAGGAAUCAAACUCUUUGACAUCAUUGGAAGACAUCGUCAAGAGCUUAGCAACUAGCACCCUUUCAUUUCAAAAAGAGGCAAGGGCGAGCAUUCAAAAUCUGGAGAAUCAAAUGUCUCAACUUGCCACCACCGUAAGCAAACUAGAAGGUGCGAAAGGGAAGCUACCAUCCCAAACGGAAAUAAACCCAAGGGAGAAUGCAAGUGCAGUCACGCUAAGGAGUGGGAAGGUGUUGGAACCUGCAGUUCCUUCUAAAAAUCGGGCACAAGACAAAAUUGAUGAGGGUGAAACAAAGAAAGAGAAGUCGGUCGACGAGACGAAGGAAGACAUCAUUAACACUCCCAUCCAAAAGAUAGUCAUUCCUCCACCAUUCCCAAGUCGAUUCGCGAGAGCUAAGAAAGAGGAAGCGGAACAAGAAAUUCUCGAGACCUUCCGGAAGGUAGAAGUGAACAUUCCUCUACUCGACGCGAUCAAACAAGUGCCCAGAUAUGCUAAGUUCCUCAAGGAAUUAUGCACCAACAAGAGGAAACUGAGUAAGGGCGAAAAAAUAAGUGUAGGGGAGAAUGCAUCGGCCGUCAUCCAAAGGAAAUUGCCACAAAAGUGCAAGGAUCCAGGUAUGUUUACCAUUCCAUGCACUAUAGGUGAGAAAAGAAUUGAGAAGGCCAUGCUAGAUCUAGGUGCAUCCAUAAAUGUCAUGCCUUUAUCCAUUUACAGGACUUUGAAUUUAGGGCCUUUGAAGGACACUAAAAUUAUCAUUCAGCUUGCUGAUAGGUCUAAUUCAUACCCAGAGGGAAUGAUUGAAGAUGUGUUAAUUAAGGUCAAUGAAUUCAUCUUUCCCGUAGACUUUUAUAUCAUUGACAUGGGUGACAAGCACAAUUCUAACUCAUCACACAUUUUGCUUGGAAGGCCAUUCAUGAAAACGGCCCGAACAAAAAUCGAUGUGCAUAAUGGGACACUUUCUUUAGAAUUUGAUAAAGAAACGAUUACAUUCAACAUAUUCGAUGCUAUGAGACAUCCAGAUACUUUGGAAUCUAUAUCUUGUGUUGAUGUAAUUGAUUCGUUUGUUCGAGAUGUGGCAGAACAGAUUUUUGUGCAGGAAGAGGUCGAUUGGGCAAUCCAACAAAACAAGGAUUAUGAUGCCCAAUGGGAAGAAGAUGGAAGAGCAAAAGAUUCAAUUCAGCCUUUAAAAUCACUUAUAGAUGUGUCGAGAAGGUUUGAAAGUUCAGUUUUACCAUUACCGACUUCCACCGAUCGGCUUCUCCCUUCUAUUGUGCAGGCCCCCAAGUUAGAAUUGAAGAAGCUUCCAGAGAAUUUGAAGUACGUUUAUUUGGGUGAAAAGGAGACCUUACCAGUCAUCAUCUCAAAGGAACUAACAAAGGUACAAGAAGAACAACUAAUUCAGGUUUUGAAAGAGAACCAAACCGCCAUUGGAUGGACGCUCGCAGACAUCAAAGGCAUAAGUCCCUCUGUGUGUAUGCACCGAAUCUUAUUGGAGAAAGAUGCACAACCAAAGCGAGACCCACAGAGGAAGCUUAAUCCAACAAUGAAGGAAGUCGUUAUGAAGGAAAUACUUAAGCUCCUGGACUUAGGAAUUAUCUACCCCAUAUCUGACAGUCAAUGGGUAAGUCCGAUACAUGUGGUUCCUAAGAAAACAGGACUCACCUUGGUGAAAAACGAGCGGGGUGAGUUGGUUCCGACAAGAGUGCAGAACGGGUGGCGAGUGUGCAUUGACUACCGAAAACUUAAUGCGGCUACUAGGAAAGAUCACUUUCCUUUGCCUUUUAUCGAUCAGAUGCUUGAAAGGCUAGCUAGUAAGUCAUACUUCUGUUUUCUCGAUGGGUAUUCGGGAUAUUACCAAAUAGUGGUAGCACCAGAAGACCAAGAGAAAACAACUUUUACCUGUCCGUUCGGUACUUUUGCUUAUCGUCGUAUGCCUUUUGGAUUGUGUGAUGCCCCUGGAACAUUUCAACGUUGUAUGAUGAGUAUCUUUUCUGACAUGAUAGAAAACUGCAUAGAAGUGUUCAUGGAUGAUUUUACAGUCCAUGGUGAUUCUUUUGAUCGUUGUUUAGCUAACUUGUCCAAGGUCUUGCACCGUUGUAUUGAGUCGAACCUAGUACUUAACUAUGAGAAAUGCCAUUUUAUGGUGACUCACGGUAUAGUUCUAGGUCAUGUGAUAUCUUCUAGAGGCAUUGAAGUUGAUAAAUCCAAGGUUGAUCUAAUUUUAAAUCUGCCAUACCCAUCUAACAUUCGAAGUAUUCGAAGUUUUCUUGGCCAUGCAGGUUUCUAUCGGCGAUUUAUAAAGGAUUUUUCAAAGAUAGCUCAACCAUUGUGUCAUUUACUUCAGAAGGACACUGAUUUUGUAUUCGGAAAGAAUUGCAGGGAAGCGUUCGAUAAGCUCAAGGAGCUCCUUACAUCAGCUCCAAUCAUCCAACCACCUGACUGGAAGCUCCCUUUCGAAAUCAUGACCGAUGCAAGCGACUACGCUAUAGGAGCUGUUUUGGGGCAACGAAUGGAUAAACGCAGCCAUGUGAUCUAUUAUGCCUCCAAAACCUUGGAUGCAGCGCAGCGCAACUACUCGACCACAGAGAAGGAGCUUUUGGCCAUUGUAUUUGCAUUAGAAAAGUUUCGAUCAUAUCUGCUAGGAUCGAAAAUUGUUGUGUUUACUGAUCAUGCUGCACUUAAGUUCUUAUUGGCCAAGAAAGAGUCCAAACCUCGGUUAAUUCGUUGGAUCCUUUUGCUGCAGGAAUUUGACUUAGAGAUCAAGGAUAGGAAAGGAUCUGAGAACUCUGUGGCAGACCACCUGAGCCGACUUGUGCGAGAUGAGGAACCCCUUCCUAUCUCCGACUCCUUCCCAGAUGAACACCUCUUUCACGUGCAAGGAGAAGAACCCUGGUAUGCCGAUUUGGUAAACUUCAUUGUAACAGGUACAUUUCCCCCUGGAUUAACUAAGGCAAGACGGAACAAGCUGCGUAGUGACUCUAGAUAUUACAUAUGGGAUGAACCAUAUUUAUGGAAGUUGUGUAGCGAUCAAGUCAUACGUCGUUGUGUUCCCAACAAUGAGAUUCAUUCCAUCCUAGCACAUUGUCAUUCAUAUGCAUGUGGUGGGCAUUUUGGGCCCAAGAGAACAGCUAGGAAAAUUAUGGAUAGUGGAUUCUAUUGGGAAACGUUGUUCCGUGAUGCACAUGGAUUUUGUAAGGGUUGUGAAAGGUGUCAAAGAGUCGGGAAUAUAUCUCGUAGGAACGAGAUGCCUCAAGUGCCCAUGCUAUUUUGUGAAGUUUUCGACGUUUGGGGCAUGGAUUUCAUGGGACCUUUUCCUAGUUCAUUUGGUUUCAACUACAUUUUGCUUGCCGUUGAUUAUGUCUCUAAAUGGGUUGAAGCAAAAGCUACUCGGACUAACGAUGCUAAAGUUGUUGUAGGAUUCUUGAAGUCUAACAUCUUUAGCAGGUUUGGAAUUCCACGAGCCAUCAUAAGCGAUCAAGGAACCCACUUUUGCAAUCGCUCCGUCGAAGCAUUGAUGAAGAAGUAUGGAGUCCAUCACCGUGUAGCCACCACGUACCAUCCUCAAUCCAAUGGCCAAGCCGAGGUGUCCAACCGGGAAGUUAAGAGCAUUUUAGAGAAGACGGUCAACCCAUCAAGGAAGGAUUGGAGUUUGAGAUUGGAUGAUGCGCUUUGGGCCUACAGAACUGCGUAUAAAACUCCAAUAGGUAUGUCACCGUACCGUUUGAUUUUUGGGAAGCUUUGUCAUUUACCGGUUGAAAUUGAGCACAGAGCCUUUUGGGCGGUCAAACAAUGCAAUAUGGAUUUGAGGCGUUCCGGUGAGGAAAGAAAAUUCCAGUUGCAAGAACUGGAGGAAAUCCGCCUUGAGGCAUACGACAAUGCAGCCAUGUAUAAGGAACGCGCUAAAUUGCUUCAUGACAAGGUACUCCUUCGGAAGGAUUUCUCCAUUGGCCAAAAGGUAUUACUCUUUGAUUCAAGAUUGAAACUCAUGCCCGGUAAGUUACGUUCCCGGUGGAAAGUGUCUCUAUUGGAAGAAAUGCGUUUAUCGCACCCCAUCUACAUGGAUUAG